UUUGAAGUCUGUAAUAUAUAAAUCCAAAGCUCAGUCCUCAUCAGUGUCACAGUCGCACUGUUUUUUCUUCUUCCGAGUCCUUCAACAAUGGCGACAUCCAUUUUCUUCUUUGUUCUGUUAUUCACCACAGUUCUCUCGCGAACAACUCCAGAUGAUACUUCAAGAACAAAAAUACUCGACGUUUCUUCCUCCAUUCAGAAAACUCAUAAUCUGUUCUCACUUGAUUCGUCUCUGAAUUCUCUGAAACAUGAAGAAAAUCAAGUUUCUUCAUCAUUGCUGAGUUUUCAACUGCAUCCUCGAGUAGCAGUUCAGGGGACUUCACAUAAGGAUUACAAUUCAUUGAUGCUAGCUCGACUUGAACGUGACUCAGCUCGAGCUAAAUCACUUCAAACUCGUGUAGAUCUGGUUGUACAAGGAAUUGGGAAAUCGGAUCUCAAACCGAUGGAAACUGAGUUUCGAGAGAUUCAAGCUGAGCAAAUUGAAGGACCAAUUAUUUCCGGGACGAGUCAAGGAAGCGGUGAGUAUUUCUCACGAAUCGGAAUUGGUCACCCGCCGAGUCAAGUUUAUAUGGUGUUAGACACCGGAAGUGAUGUUAACUGGGUUCAGUGUUCUCCUUGUGCUGAUUGUUACCAACAAGCUGAUCCAAUUUUUGAACCUGCUUCGUCUUCGACGUUUUCGCCGCUCACUUGUGAAACGCAACAGUGUAAAUCGCUUGAUGUUUCUGAAUGCAGGAAUGAUACUUGUUUAUACGAAGUAUCUUACGGAGAUGGCUCGUAUACCGUUGGAGAUUUAGUGACGGAGAGUAUCACAUUUGCCGGUUCGUCUUCCGUUGAGAAUGUCGCUAUCGGCUGUGGACAUAAUAACGAAGGUUUAUUCGUCGGAGCAGCUGGAUUAUUAGGUCUCGGCGGCGGCGCUUUAUCAUUUCCUUCACAGAUAAAUGCAUCUUCCUUCUCAUACUGCUUAGUCGACCGUGACUCCGACUCUACCUCAACUCUCGAGUUCGGCGGCGCAAUUCCGCCGAACGCCGUCACAGCUCCGAUGAUCAAAAACUCAAAACUCGACACAUUCUACUACGUAGACUUAACCGGAAUCAGCGUCGCCGGCAAUAUCCUUUCACUUUCUCCAUCAGCUUUCGAAAUAGCCGACAACGGCGACGGCGGAGUAAUCGUCGAUUCAGGUACGGCGGUGACGAGAUUGAAAACAGACGUGUACAACACGCUCCGUGAUGAGUUCGUGAAAGGAACGAGACACCUGCCGUCAACUAACGCCGUUGCGUUAUUUGACACGUGUUACGAUUUGAAAUCAAUGAAAAGCGUUGAAGUACCAACGGUGUCGUUCCAUUUUUCUAACGGGAAUGAGUUAGCAUUACCGGCUAAGAAUUACCUGAUACCUGUUGAUUCAUCGAAUACAUUUUGUUUCGCCUUCGCUCCAUCGUCAUCGUCCCUAUCGAUAAUCGGUAACGUUCAACAGGAAGGGACACGUGUCCGUUUCGACCUGGUAAAUUCUCUCAUUGGAUUCUCAUCCAAUCAAUGCUAGUAGUAAAAUUGUUUACUUCCUGUUUUACCCCUUAGUUAGGAAGUUAUUUUCAAUUUUGGUCAGGGCCUACUUAAAAUAACUGUAACGUGAUGAAGUGGGACCUGGUUCAGUGUGCGUGUGUGUGUUAUUAUUGCAAUUUCAGUAUGUGUUUUUGUAUAGUAAUUUAUUGAUAGUGUGAGGGGUAUUAAGGGCAAUCCGUUGGAAAAGAAGUGGAUUUUGAUUCGGGUGAAGUUGGACGUGGGGUGAUUGAUUUAUAUGGAUAGCACGUAAACCUCUAUUACGUUUAAAUUAGUCGAGUUGAUAAAUUUCAAAUAUAAUUCGUAAAAUGAAUCAAAUUUGUUUUGUUCUCUC